GGGUUCAGCUCUGUGCCAGGUGAAAGGAGAAGCCUGUUGAGAGCACAAGAAGGGUGCCGAUUGGCAGGCACAGCCUGCAAGGCACAUAAAGGACCGCCGUGAGGCAGCUGGGGCGGCCAGCAGCACCUGCCAGUGUCACCUCCGCAUGUUCACAACGCUGUGGCCAUGAGUGGAUGUCCAUUUCUAGAAAGCAACUCUGGAUAUGCUUGUAAAAAUCUGUCUGUAGAAGACAGCAGAGAAGAUGAAUCACAAACCGGUGUGAACAAAGCCAGCAGAGGAGGACUCGUCUACGGGAAGUACCUGCACCUGGAAAAGAUUUUGAGUGCACAAGAACUCCAAAGUGAAGUAAAAGGAAAUAAAAUCCACGAUGAGCAUCUUUUUAUCAUCACUCAUCAAGCUUAUGAACUCUGGUUUAAGCAAAUUCUCUGGGAACUAGAUUCUGUUCGAGAGAUCUUUCAGAAUGGUCAUGUCCGGGAUGAGCGGAACAUGCUCAAGGUGGUGGCGCGCAUGCAGCGGGUGGGGGUCAUCCUCAAACUCCUGGUGCAGCAGUUUUCUGUCCUGGAAACCAUGACGGCCUUGGACUUCAACGACUUCAGAGAGUACUUAAUUCCAGCAUCGGGCUUCCAGAGCUUACAGUUCCGACUAUUAGAAAACAAGAUAGGUGUGCCUCAGCGGAUGCGAGUGCCCUACAACAGAAGGCAUUACCGAGACAACUUCUGCGGGGAGGACAAUGAGCUGCUGCUGAGGUCCGAGCAGGAGGAGACGUUGCUGCAGCUGGUGCAGGCCUGGCUAGAAAGAACGCCUGGUUUAGAACCACAUGGAUUUAACUUCUGGGGAAAGUUGGAAAAAAAUGUCACCAAAGGACUAGAAGAGGAAUUCAUAAAGAUUCAGUCUAAAGAGGAGUCUGAAGAAAAAGAGGAAGAGAUGGCUGAAUUUCAGAAACACAAAGAGGUGUUGCUGUCCUUAUUUGAUGAGAAGCGUCAUGACCAUCUCCUUAGUAAAGGGGAAAGGCGACUAUCCUACAGAGCGCUGCAGGGAGCCCUGAUGAUACAUUUCUACAGGGAAGAGCCUCGCUUCCAGGUCCCUUUCCAGCUGCUGACUUCUCUUAUGGAAGUGGACGUGCUCGUAUCCAAGUGGAGAUAUAACCAUGUGUGUUUGGUGCACCGGAUGCUGGGCAGCAAGGCGGGGACUGGCGGCUCCUCCGGGUACCAAUACCUGCGCUCAACCGUGAGUGACAGGUACAAGGUGUUUGUGGAUUUAUUCAACCUUUCUACCUAUCUGGUUCCCCGACACUGGAUGCCAAAGAUGAACCCCAUCAUUCAUAAAUUCCUUUACACUGCUGAGUAUUGUGACAGCUCGUACUUCAGUAGUGAUGAUUCAGAUUAAAUUUGUAUGGAAAAUCUGUGAAGAAUAUUGAUUUCUCAGUCCAUUUUUAUAUUUUCUGAAUUUUCCUAAAUACACGUAGAGUCUAAAUGUAGUAUAUUGGGUAAUGUAAUGUAUUUAUAAUACAUGGUUAAAUAUCACAGUGCUCUGAUUUGCUUCUGGAAAUAAUUGCCUCAUGUCUGUGAGGGUGUAAGAUUAAGAAUUAAGAGGAAAAGUAAUUUAGUGAAAUUGUGAUAUCACAUGUGGGGUCCUUUCCUGUUAAAA